CGCGCCGACAAAGGACACGGUCAACGCGGAGCCAUGUGGGCGGGGGUGGAAGACACAGAUCUAACUGCUUUAACAGUCCUUCAUUUAAGCAUAGGCAAAAUAAAGCAGAUCCCCCCUUUAGUCAUCCUCUCUUGGUUUAACUAAACUUUUAACCUCCUUUGUAAAACUGUUUGUGUGACUGUGUUUAUACUGAACACAGGAAGAUCAGGAUGUAAAGGCCGCAAAGUAAAUCUACUAAAUCCCAACCCUGGCUAUUGAAUAAAGGGGAGUCUCCUCAUUUGGGGGAAGAAGCUCAUGUCUAUUAAUCAGUAGUGUGAAACUGUUAAGUGUAAAGUACACAGAAAGUUAAUUUACAAAACCAAAAUGGGAGAAUGUGAAACAAAAGCCUCUCGUUGCACACUGCUGCGUGACGCUGACUCGAGUGGUUAUGCCGGGGAGCAUGCAACGCAGCUGUCUAACUCCGGGGAAAUGACGCGCUGCGUUAAGGCGCCUCUAGAGGACAUGUUCCUGCGCUAAAACCCGAUUUAUGUGGGGGGAAGGUGUGAGCAGUCAGUGCCUGAGGGUCCUGCGGGUGAAGGGAGAACUUACAGUGUAAACCACCAGCAGGCUGGAGUUUUCAAGGUUAUGAAGGUACUCCGCCAUUUUCGGCUCGUCGGAAACCGAACUCGUCUACGUCAUGACGUAAAGGGAGGGAGUUUGCGCAGUCGUCCCCGCUCGACUUGCAGUGAGCCCGACACGCCAACUGGUGGAGCACUCCAUUAAAACCUGAAUGAAGCUGAAUCAUUAUCAGAAAACCAAGUCCAUGGGCUGAUGGUGUUGUAAGAUAGCAACCACAUGUGCACACACAUCAACGAAAUGGGCAUUGAAGCCCAGGAGGCCACAUCUCUUCUUCAGUGCAUUGUAAAUCCUCCACUGAAACCACAGAGCUCUGCACAAGGCCGCACGCCUUUGCAGGAGACGUGGAGGGUGAAGAUGAAAGGAUGGGAGAGGAGAGAGGAAGUGAGUUUGAAGAACCACAGAUGCUGCCAAGAAGUGAUGAGGAAGGCGUCAAGGUGCACAGACUGAAACAAGACUCGGAAAUGAGAAGAAUGUGUGUGAGAGGGAGAUGUCAGUAUCACACGAGAUUUGCUUCUUUAACUGAAUGGCAGCGGCAGGGUCGUGUGGGAAGCCCCUAUUUUGAGAUGUUUCUGUGUUUUGCAGAAGAUAGAGACCACCCACCAACCUCCACUACUAUCACUACCUUAAAGGGGAAAGAGGUAGGAAGGGAGUGAGCCGAGAGUAGAAAGAGGAAGCAGCAGGUUUUACAGAAGCUGAGAUGUCGCCGUUUCUCUGUUUUGUUUAAGCAAAUAAAGAUGUGCUCGGAUGAUCAUUUCUCAGGCUGUACGUGAUUGAAAAAUGACAGGAGAGAGUUUUUCAAUCAUGAGGCCGAAGCACAGCUGGAUCGUCCUGCAUGUGUCCAUCUUGGCAUGGUUGCUUCUCGCCAUAAACGCUGACAGUGAAGAAUCAAAGUGUGACGCUGGAAUCAGAGUACGCCGCAACACAGUUUACAACGCCACGGUUGGAGAGAAUUUUAAGAUUAAUUGCCCAGUUGUUUUCUGCAACAAUUCACCACCAACUGUCUCCUGGUAUAAACAAGGGGAAACUAAGCUUCCAGUCAAUGUCAGCAGUCACAUUAAAACAGAGUGGGAGAUGAUAAACGACUCGGAGGGGACAUCAAUUUUGAUCUUCAGAAACAUCCUCAUGAAUGACUCUGGUCCGUAUCAGUGCCGUAGUGAAGGAGAUGUGAGCCAUACCAUCAACGUCUCCGUCUAUGGUGAGUGUGACUUCUCAGUGACUCAAGAAACCAGUUUUCAAUGUAUACAGCCAAGAUUUCGAACAGCUAAUCUAAAUUAUAAAACAUAUCUGUUUUCACUCAGUACAUUAGCUCUGUGUUGUUUCACAGAUAAUUACGAGACCACCAAUGUCACAGAGAUCAUUGCCACAAGAGACCCACAGCAAGGUACUAAAAUCAGCAAGCUCUGGAUGUAUGUGUACUGUGCUGCCGGGAUCACCGCAUUCAUCAUCAUAGUGAUAAUUAUAUCUGUCAUAUCAAUGCGAAGGUGUAAAGGGAAAUCAAAGAAAAAGCCAGAAAAUCAGUACAUUGAGAUCCCCAUGAUCCAACAGCCCUCGCCGCGUGCCAACCUCCAUCGCUCACCAAGAGGAAGCCCCUCCGUGCCUCCGUCUCGGAGAUCAACCAAGAGAAACAAGUCGCCGAGGCAACCAAACGAGCUGAGACUAUCGAGAGGUAAUGAGCAGCUCUUUGGCGAGGUGGAAGAGGACAGGCUGAGACCGAGUAACACGGGACAAGAGGAGGCUUCUAUAGUGUACGCUGCUCUCAACCAUCACCUGCCACCGAGGCCCGCCGCUCGUCCAAGGAUACUAGUGGAGGAGAACUCGGAGUACGCAGCAAUCCGUGUUUCAUAAAGAUCCAUAAACAACUGGAAUAAAUUACACUAUAAACGCACAUGGGACUGCCUAUGUCCUAUUCAAAAGGGAUAACAACAACUCUCACAUGAAGGAGUAUGGAUACAGAAAACUAUUUUAUGUUUUCAUAAAAACUCAGACUUGCUUGUUCACCUUCAGUAUGACUUGCAAGAAUGACUCCACAGCAAAACACAACCUUUAUCAACACCAUAAUGUCAUACAUUUUGGCAAUGUGCUAAAAUGUCAAAUAGAAUUUCCCCCCAUUUGUUGCUUCUUUUGCUAACACUUCUGGAAACUGAAAGUACAAGGUUAUUGUUAGCGUAUAGCUAGCAAUAGCCAGACUAUAUGACCACAAACAACUACGUACUGCACACAAACAACUCUGGUUUAUUCUGGUUUGCAUCCUAAAGCUGUAAUAACUUGUAUUAUUCUAUUUCUCAGGAUCAUUGGUGCUUUGAGUUUACUGGUGUAUUAUUUUGGGAAAUGAUAUGAGGUUGUCAUAUGUUACUCAAGCGUUGCUGCACAACUGUUAAAAAUAGGCAUGCAAUUGCACCAGUGACAUGUUCCUUCAUCACCAAGACCAUGGGCACUGUAGUCUAUCAUAACCAAACGCGACACUGACCUCCCUGCUGUCGUAAAUUCUCACUAGAGUGGCAAAUAUGUGUUACUACUGAAAAUAGUCCCAAAGGAAUGUGCUUUUACUCACGGUUGAGUAAUUGUUGAAUGUCUCAACAACAAAACCUCCCGUUUCCGACUGUUCUUUGAAAGUGGUGAGCCUUUAAAUACUGUAGCCUACUCCAGGAAUUUUCAAUAUUUAUUGGCCAUAGCUUAAAUAAAGUGCAAUCACAGCAACAGAGACAAAGUAGACAAGAGCAAUAGGACGACAGAGAAACGAUGGUUACCAAUGUGCCUUGGGUUCUAUGAAUUCACUAUUUCCGGUGUAAGAAUGACAAAGUACCAAGAAACCAUACAAGAUAAAUUUCAAUGCUCCAAAUUAAAGUUAAACCCAUCUUUCAGAGGAAGAAUCACAGUAUAAAACAGAAGGGAUUGGUCAUGCAGAAAAACAUGGAAUAGCUUUGGGUUAGAUGUAAACAUAUGCAUGGGCCAAAAGUGUUUAGAGUAUUACCACUCUAGCUGUGUGAAAGGGGAGACAGCAGCUUUAAAUUAUUAAAGUACAAAUAUGUGACCAGAUUAGAAAGAUUUAAAAAUGUAAUGAGAGCCACAGACAGGGUAGUGAAAUGGACAAACGUUAUUAUAAAUGCUGGUAUUUCUAUGAAUCAUGAUCAGUCUUCUCUAAAAACAGAGGAAGUCAGGCUACAAAGUCCUCAAACUGUGUAAACGGGAGACCAUGUCUUUCUUAACUUUAUAUAGUUUUAUGGAUUCUUGUAAUAUUUAUCUGUAUCUUUUGGGGGUUAGAAAAUCACUUGAAUUCACUCUUGAGAAAACAUCACAGGAGUGGUUUUGUAUUUUUGCAGCCGGUACCUUAUGGCUAUUGACUCAUUUUCCGACUAUAUGAAUGAUUUAGAGCUUUCGUAAUUAUUGAUUAGCAUUCGUUAGGGAAAGGUGAAUGUAAUAUUACUAAUUUUGUGCAAUCAAAUAAUAUAAUAUAUUUCAAUCAGUCAACUGCUCGAUUUUUGUAUGAUUAUGCUGUAUGAUGCCAUCACAUCUGGCUCUUGUGCUAUUGUUCCUCAAACUGUCUAUAAACAUGGAAGCAAAGAUAAACUGAAAGUUUCACAUCUA